AUGGUCUUCAAGCCAUUCACCACCCUCGCUCGCCAGAGCAUCUCCAAGCACCUCGUCAACGGCUAUGCCCAGUCCGUCGUUGCCGCAACACAAUCCUCGUAUGCCUCCUCCACCGUCCAGCUCUCCCGUCUAGGGCAGCAAAAUGCGCCGGCUCGGUUGCACACUGCCUUUGGCGGUGCGAACUCUGGUCGGGCGGCGCCGGGGAAGGAUGGGCAGGGCAGCGAUAGUUUGGGUGCUUACUACGCCGCUCAGUCGCAGGCCGUAGAUGAUAAGGAGGAAAAGGAGAAUAGGAAAUACCUGUUCUCGAGAAAGAUAUUAUGGUCCAAGGCGCAACAUCAGCAGCAGCAGAAGGCAUUGCUGGAGAAUCCGCCGUCCUUGGAAGUGGGCUUGCCCAGGUCGCGAUCGUCUUCCCUGGCGCACGCGGAGGCUCAGUUGCCGUCAAGCGAUCUUGUCAAAGGGGAGGAGGGGGAGGAGGCUGUAUUUGUCGAGUCUGCCGCUGAGGAGGAGUCGGAGAUUUUACCCACCGAGAAGCUCGCUCCCGUGGAGGAUGCCGAGGCUGAGUUGGCGCCUUCACCUACUUCGUCCGAGGAGACACUGGUUCCCGCUUCGCCAGAGGUAUCUGGUAUUACCGCUCAAUAUAACGAUCAGCUUCGCGAUUUACGAACGGCGGAGAAGUAUGAUGAAAUCUUGGCCCUCUUUGACCAUAUGGUCCAAGAAGGUGUGCAGCCCAGUACCACCACCUACAACCAUGUUCUCGUUGCGCUCAUACAAACCGGCGCCGGUGGUAUCGCUCGGGUCCUGGGUGUUUACCAGGACAUGCUCAGGAACAAGGUCUCACCCAGCACUGUCACAUAUUCCAUCCUUAUCGACUACCUUGCCGCAAGCAGUAAAUCCUCGUUACAGUUUGCUCGGCGAAUUGAAGAUGAUAUUCUGAGAUUCGGCUUUGUCGUUCCGUCCCGGGAGCGGGAAUUGGAUGAGAUCCACUCGCAAAAGUCUUUGGACAUGGCUUUGGACAUAUUUUACGCUAGCACAGAAGUCCGGGUGGAGCGUGCAUUUUCCGAGCCUGUAUAUUCCAUCCUUAUUGAGGCAUGUGCUGAGAAUGGCCGUGAGGAGGACAUGCUCAAGGCGUAUACACACAUGGAAGUGCAUGACGUGUUGCCGAGCCUGGACACUACGCUUUCUCUUAUCAAGGGAUUUGGGAAGGCUGGGGAUAUCCGCUCUGCUGUUGAGACGUACAACAACUACUGUGCUCUGGAUGCCUCGAGAAGGCCGGGAAGUAUCGAUGAGCGAUAUCUGGUUUACGAAGCAUUGAUUCUUGCUUACAUGGAGGCUGGCAAUCCUGCUGGCGCGCUGUCCUUCCUGGAGAAAAUUGUAGGUGUUAGCAAAGACGCCCGUCGCUCUCAGUGGCUGGCGGAGGCCAUAAUCAAAGGUUUCCUACAGCGCGGUGAUUUGGGGUCUGCCAGGAAGUGGAUCGUGGGUCGUAUGGCCGGGACAUCGGAAUAUCCUGGGCUGUCGAGGGUUCUUGUUGGAGUUGCGGAUUUGGGGGAUUAUGAGCUCGCGAAUCAGCUCUAUUCGGAAUUCAUGGCUCAUGCCCGCCUCCAUGGUAUCAACCUUCACGGCAACUCGACUGCCCAGAUGGCUUUUUUGAAUCUCUGUGUAAAGGAGGGAAAGGUUGGGCACGCUAGGGCCGUUUGGAAUGAUCUUUCCGAGAGGAAUUUGUCUAAUGGACCGGAUGCCGAGGCUGCUGUUGUGUACUCCAUGAUGCUUUUUGAGAAUCGGCUCACAAACGAAGCCUUGGUGGUACUUAAACAAUUUAGCGAGUUCUUUAUGGAGAAGCCUCUUGGCGCUCCGCUUGCUCUGAGGGCGGGAUAUCUACAGGAAGCGUUUGAGGACUUGAUCGAUAGGCUUGCCGCAAAGGAUCUUCUUACUCAUGGGGUCGCACUCGACAUUACUGGUUUUGGUAUGCGGCAUUGUGGGCGUGUGGGGACUCGGGCUUCCAGGGUUGUUAUGGGACUCUUUGGGGAGCAGCGGAUACUUGGGUUGACAUUGCCGCAGUUGGACCUUCUUCUGCAGAUUCAGGCUGGCGUUCUUCAACAGCCUGGGGAAUCGGUUUCGGAGGACAUGCGGAAGUUUGAGCAGAUGCUGACUCUCGCGCUGAAUGCCGGAGUUCCUCUUAGCAAGGCUGUGAAGGUUUCCGUCGAUGGUGUUAUUGCGGCCCGUGGUAUCGAUGAGGGUCUUUUGGCGAAAUGGACUGCGUUCGUGCAGGCCCAAGAGGUUUGGGAGAACUUGCCGAUGGCGCCGCUGACCGAGGAUGUGGCUGCGUCGCCCACCCUGGUUCCCAGUGAAGGAGAGACUGCUGUUGCCGAGGAUAACCAUGACCCCUACUGGGCCAAAACCGACGUUAAGGUUUCACAGGCUAUCGAUAAUGCUCUCGAGGGUACGAAGGCUGCUAGGGUCAGGCUUACGGACGCUCGGCGAAUGUAUCAACAGACCCGCCGGGCGGGCAGAUUGGUUAGGAUGACAACUCUGGCGAGGAUGGUUGGUGCUGCUGCUCGUGCAGGCCAGCCGGAAUUCAUGGAGGAGAUCUAUCAGAAUGCGAGAACUGACACGCCUCUCCUUAUGGAGUUUCGUUCUGUUAGAUACGUCUGGUGUGUUCUCUUGGACUCCAUGGUUGCUGGACAACUCUCCGUCGGAAACCGACAACAGGCUGCCGUGUACCACGAGGAAUUGCUAAAGAUGGGAGCUUCUCCAUCUGCCAAUACCUACGGACUCUACAUCGUUUCACUCAAAGGCUCAAACCAAACGUACGACGAGGCCUCCGAGGCUCUCAAGAUCUUUGAGCGGGCCAAGGCGGAGAACGUCCUCCCCAGCUCCUUCCUGUACAAUGCCCUUAUCGGUAAACUUGCAAAAGCUCGCCGCGUCGACGACUGCCUUUUCUACUUCGCCGAGAUGCGCGCUCUAGGCAUAAAACCCACCAGCGUGACCUACGGCACCAUGAUCAAUGCCUUGACCCGUGUCGGCGACGAGCACUUCGCGGAAGAACUCUUUCAAGAAAUGGAGGCCAUGCCAAAUUACAAGCCCCGCCCGGCACCGUACAACUCCCUUAUGCAAUUCUUCGUCAACACCAAGCGCGACAGGAGCAAGGUCAUGAGCUACUUCAACCGUAUGACCUCCCUGGGCAUCGAGGCUACUUCGCACACCUAUAAGCUUCUGAUCGAAGCCUAUGCAACCCUUGACCCUCCGGACAUGUCCGCGGCGGAAGGUGUACUCGACCUGAUCCGCUCGAAGAACCAACCCGUGGAAUCGUCUCACCACGCCGCCCUCAUCCACGCAAAGGGGUGCGUCCUCCAAGACGUGGAAGCCGCCAUCUCACACUUCAAAUCCCUCCUGCACCCCACCACCUCCAGUCCGCAACCCCAACUCGAUAAUACAAUCUACCAAGCCCUCUUCGAGUCCCUCGUCGCCAACCACCGCGUCCAGGACACCACGCUAUGGCUGUCAGACAUGGAGCGCCGUGGCGUUCGCAUGACACCGUAUAUUGCCAACACGCUCAUUCACGGAUGGGCGCUGGAGAAGGAUAUUGGGAAGGCGGAAGAAGUCUACGAAUCCCUUAGUAAGGACGAGAACGCUAGACUUAAGCGCGAACCGAGUACCUACGAGGCUAUGACUAGAGCAUACCUCACUGUCGAGGAUCGUGCCGGCGCGCUCAAGGUCGUGAACGAGAUGAGCGGACGCGGGUACCCGAGCGCCGUCAUGGUUAGAGUCAUGGAUUUGGUGAGGGGGAGGGGGGAGUAGAUGUUCUUUUCUUUUCUUUUCCCCCUUAUGAUGGUGGUUUUCUUCAUCUUAUUCGUUAAUAUCCUCCCCCCCGGGGGGUUUUUUUUUUGCUUGCUCGAGGGCAUUCCCCCACUAAUAGAUAGAAUGAGGGGCCUUUUUGUUUUUCUUUGCCUUUACCCCUUCUUACAGUGUGACUUCUACAAGCACCCAUACACCGAAGUCGAUCCGCGCACUGUUAUACCAUUUUCCGCUUGUAUGAUAUCAAAAGUCCCUUUUCUUGUCUCAUUUUCGUGUAUAUACCACACUGCCCUUCUCCCUUCUUCAUAUAUUUCAUCAUGUUUUGGCAGAGCAAGGCGGGGUAGGGUUGGGAUCCGAUCUGGCUGGGAGGUGGGCGUUUUUGCUUAUUUUGCUUUAUCUUGUUUUGUUAUGUUUUGCCAUUUUCUACCAUUAGCAUUAUAUACACUCCACUCUUCCUUUUCCCCUUCCAAUGUGGUGGGGAAAUUUUUUUUUAAUUUUAAAAAAAUUGUUAUUUUUUCCGCUUUUGGGGUUUUCUGUUACUUGCAUAGUCGGGUUGUACACUUAUUCACUGCUGAUGGGCACAGAAUCUCCAUUGCGUGAUGGAUGGGUACGAUAGAUGGAGAAGUGUAAAUAAGUGGUUUUAGUGUAACUAGGUAGCUAUAUUAAAGGAAAACUGACUCCCCCCG